CCAGCUGAGCCAACUUUCAAAAUAGCUGCCUACCUAGGCUAAUUAGUAAGUAAAAAUAUCCCCAAAGUAUUCUCAUGCCAAACAAUUUCAUCCAAAAUGUCUUCUACUUCGACCAUUUCCAAUUUGCAAGAUAUCGGGAAGCAAACAUCGCCCCAGUAUUCCUCUGGGUCACCCACUUGCUACCCUCAUGAGUCAGUGACACAGGAGACCACUGAUGCGCAACCAUUUCCUGCUGCGGUUCAUCAGCCGUGUGCAGACACGUUUUCAACCUCCGAGGAAGAGAAGGAGGAGAAGACAAUGGAGAAACACGAUGGUGUGUUGACUGAAGAGGAAGUUUCCAGCUGUUUAUCCAACCUGGGACACUCUGCCACAGGACUAGAGCAUGUCUACCAGUUCCUCUCUGCGCCCGGUCGAAAUCUGAAUAAUGUAUCCAUCCUUUGCAAUUACGUCCACCUUCAAAAGCUAGAACUUCCUUACAACAAAAUAAAAGAUUUAUCCUGUGUAAGCCACAUGCCGUAUCUCAUCAUCCUGGAUGCCUCCCACAACCAACUCACCGACUUCUUUGGAUUCCAGCCACCCAAGAACCUCAAGGAGGUUAACUUUUCCCAUAACCAGAUGUCAGUGAUGACACAUUUGUCAGCCUACUCGUCUUUGAGUAAACUGAAUCUGGACUACAACUGUUUCAGUGAGAUCGGUGGUCUGCUGCAUUGUGCCAGCCUCACACACCUCAGCCUGGCACACAACAAGAUCUCCUGUAUCAGUGGCCUGGACAACCUGCCAAUCAAAGACCUCUGUCUGAGGGGGAAUCAGAUUGAGAAGAUAGAGAAUGUGGAGACUCUGAGAACCCUGCAGGUCCUGGAUCUGUCUCUGAACCGCAUCAGCAGUCUGUCAGGCCUGCAGAAUCUCCAUCUGCUGGGCUCCAUCAACCUGGAGAGUAACCUGAUCAGUGAAAUCAAGGAGGCUACACACAUCCAUGACCUGUGCCUGCUCCGGGAGCUGAAUCUGCAGAGAAACCUAGUCCAGGAACAACUGGACUACAGACUGGCAGUGAUCUUCCUCCUUCAACACCUGACUGGCCUGGACCAGGAGAAAGUCACAGUAGAGGAGAAGGUCUCAGCUGUGAACAAGUACGACCCUCCUCUGGAGGUGGUGGCAGCCAGGGAGCACAUGAGUCACAUGGUAUACCAGCUGAUGCAGCCCCAGGUCAUCUACGACAGCACCCUGCCCAGUCUUGACUCUCCCUACCCCAUGCUGGUGUUGACUGGGCCCCAGGCUUGUGGGAAGAGAGAGCUGGCCCACAAGCUCUGCCGAGAGUUCAAAGACUUCUUCGCCUACGGAACCUGCCAUACCACCAGGGGUCCCUACUUUGGGGAGGAGGAAGGGAGCGACUACCAUUUUGUCACGGAGGAAGAGUUUCAGAACAUGAUUCACAUGGGUAAAUUCCUCCAGACGAUGCAGUAUGCGGGCCACUGGUAUGGUCUGUCUCGUGAGGCCAUAGAAGACGUGGCCGGGGAGGGCCUGGCCUGCUGUGUGCACAUGGAGCUGGAGGGCGUGUUCAGUCUGAAGAACAGCCACUUUGAGCCACGUUACAUCCUGAUGAUCCCCACAGACAAGGAGCAGUACGGCAGGCGGCUGAGGACCAGAGCUCUGUACACCCAGACCCAGAUAGAUACGGCUGUAGCCCGCGUGGAUACAUACGCACUGAUCAACAGAGAGCGCCCAGGCUUCUUCGACAACGUCAUCCCCUGUGAUGAGCCAGUGGAGGCAUACAGAACCCUGAGGCAGGUGGUGAAGGACUAUCUGGGAGUGGAGGAGCAGGGAGGAGAGGACCAGAGCACCACCACAGCAUCUGUGACAGAGUUGAAGAGGGACUCCCUAGUGGACGAGGCGUCCCCAGCCCCCUCCACCAGAACAGAGACAGUCUUUAUGUCCUGCUCCACUCCAGACAUGGACCCCUCAGACCACAACUGUAGGAAGUACUACAACAAGGUCCAGGCCCAGCUCACCCCACAGAAGACCUCAGCAGAGAUGGCCUCCAUCCACAGACGGCAGCAGCUGGUCAGAGAGGCUCUGAUGGGGAAGAGUCCCAGAGCCUACACCCAGCUCUUCAAGAGGUGUGUUCACACAGCUCCAUCAUCAUUGGCCUCUCAGAUGCAGCGGGACCCCACCCUCUCAUCCCCCAUGAUGCCUAGAGCCAGCCAUGACAGACAACACAACCACUCAGAGAAUAGCAGCUCUGAUGCCUCCCGUGCUAGUUCUGGCCUGUCCAUUCCCAGCUCAGCAGGGGCCUUCUCAGAGACAGCAGGGCCAGCCGGGUGUUCAGACCUGGGCUUGGACACCACCGUGGAGCCCCUGGAUGUCUCCUCUCUGGGACACAACCUGGACAUGCUGAAAGAUCAAGUAGAAUCUGGCCACACUCCUGACGCCCCUCCCGGCUCCGAGCUCCUCUCUCCGGGCGCCACCACCACCAUGGCACGCCCAGGCUCCAACGCCAAACCCAUCCUGCCACCUAUCCUGUCGGGACGCAAAACCCCCGGACCCAGCCCUAAGCCCCAAACCCUGAGACAGGAGAGAGAGGGAGAUGAGGAGUGAAGAGGUACAGGAGAGAGGUAGAGGAGGAGUGAAGAGGUACAGGAGAGAGGAAGAGGAGGAGUGAAGAGGUACAGGAGAGAGGAAGAGGAGGUGUGAAGAGGUACAGGAGAGAGGAAGAGGAGGAGUGAAGAGAUAGAGGAGGAGUGAAGAGGUAUAUGAGAGAGGAAGAGGAGGAGGAGUGAAGAAGUACAGAAGAGAGGAGUGAAGAGGUACAGAAGAGAGGAAGAUGAGGAGUGAAGAGGUACAUGAGAGAGGAAGAGGAGGAGUGAAGAGGUAUAUGAGAGAGGAAGAGGAGGAGGAGUGAAGAGGUACAGAAGAGAGGAAGAGGAGGAGUGUAGAGGUACAGGGAAGAGGAGUGAGGAGGUACAUUUACAUUUAAGUAAUUUGCAGACGCUCUUAUCCAGAGCGACUUACAGGAGAGAGGAAGGAGGAGUGUAGGGGUACAAGAGAGAGGACGAGGAGGAGUGUAGAGGUACAGGAGAGAGGAAGAUGAGGAGUGAAGAGGUACAUGAGAGAGGAAGAGGAGGAGGAGUGAAGUGGUACAGGAGAGAGGAGGAGUGAAGAGGUACAGGAGGGAGGAAGAGGAGGAGUGAAGAGGUAUAUGAGAGAGGAAGAGGAGGAGGAGUGAAGAGGUACAGAAGAGAGUAAGAGGAGGAGGAGUGAAGAGGUACAGAAGAGAGGAAGAGGAGGAGUGUAGAGGUACAGGGAAGAGGAGGAGUGAGGAGGUACAGGAGAGAGGAAGAGGAGGAGUGAAGAGGUACAGAAGAGAGGAAGAGGAGGAGUGUAGAGGUACAGGGAAGAGGAGUGAGGAGGUACAUUUACAUUUAAGUCAUUUAGCAGACGCUCUUAUCCAGAGCGACUUACAGGAGAGAGGAAGAGGAGGAGUGUAGGGGUACAAGAGAGAGGACGAGGAGGAGUGUAGAGGUACAGGAGAGAGGAAGAUGAGGAGUGAAGAGGUACAUGAGAGAGGAAGAGGAGGAGGAGUGAAGUGGUACAGGAGAGAGGAGGAGUGAAGAGGUACAGGAGGGAGGAAGAGGAGGAGUGAAGAGGUAUAUGAGAGAGGAAGAGGAGGAGGAGUGAAGAGGUACAGAAGAGAGUAAGAGGAGGAGGAGUGAAGAGGUACAGAAGAGAGGAAGAGGAGGAGUGUAGAGGUACAGGGAAGAGGAGGAGUGAGGAGGUACAGGAGAGAGGAAGAGGAGGAGUGUAGAGGUACAGGAGAGAGGAAGAGGUACAGAAGAGAGGAAGAGGAGGAGUGAGGAGGUACAGGAGAGAGGGAGGGACAAGUAGAUGUUCUUUCAAGAGUUGAAAGGUCACACAGAAUGAACAAUGAUGGACACAUUCACCUGUCUUUUCUGAAUAAAGACAUACCUGUGUGUUAA